AUGACUGAACACCUUGCAGACACACCUUCAGUGCUUGCCACCCACACCACCGAUCCCAGCCAACAAGAAAUCUCGCACCCGCCAAAGUCUUACACAUAUUAUCACGCCGGUCCACUAUUCACCAUUGCCGAACUCCACACUAAUGCUCUCCUCGCUCAGGCCAUCCAAAAGUGCUCCUCGGGGAAGUUCAUCCCCGUCUUACCCCAGGAUCUCGAACAGCGUGACCAGAGCCCCCAUUCCAUCAGGGACGAGGACAUCCGGGCUCUGCUUUCCUGCGACACGGCCAUGUUUACUUACGACGGUACCGAGUUAGAUGCCGGCACGGUGGUCGAGUACAUGGUCGCCAAAAUGGCCGAUAUCCCCGCUGUCGUGCUCCGGACGGACUUUCGCGGUGCGGGCGACCAGGCAGAGACGGGCGACGCGUGGAACCUGAUGAGCUCCAACUGGCCACGGACCGUGGGUGUGAGUGCGCACGCCAUGGUGGGCUACAAGACGAGCCUCCAAAGGGCGCAAGCUGGAGUGGAAGGCACACGAGGGAAGACGGUUGGUGAGUCCAUGAUUGACGACGUCGCCCAGAAGGUGGUGGAUGCUUUUGAGAAGGUGCUGAACGAGCCCCCGAGAUUGCCAAAGGAGCUGAGAGAGUGUGUGUAUCAGUGGUUGGCCUUGAUGCCUGGGUUUAAGAAAGGGAGUGAUCAGGAUAAUGUCGAGCUGCUCGCGAAACUGUGCAAGGACAAGCAAUCUAGAGGCUUGUUGUAG